ACUCCUUCCAAACACGCUGGUCUGUUGCUCUCUCUCUCUCUCUAAAAUCAUACGUUUAGAGAUCUCCAUAGAUCUUUCUGUCAUAGCCGGAAUUUUCAGUUUCAAUUCUGGUUAAUUUGAAGCUUAGCAGUCAAAGAUGUCGAAGGCAGCAAUUGAGGUCCCUCCAAAAGGCGGGUUCAGCUUCGAUUUGUGCAGAAGGAAUGAGAUGCUGGUGAAAAAGGGUCUAAAUGCCCCUUCUUUUCUCAAGACUGGAACAACAAUUGUGGGCUUAGUUUUUCAGGAUGGUGUUAUUCUUGGAGCAGAUACUAGAGCAACAGAGGGACCCAUUGUUGCUGAUAAGAACUGUGAGAAAAUCCAUUAUAUUGCCCCUAAUAUUUAUUGUUGUGGAGCUGGUACUGCUGCUGAUACAGAGGCAGUGACAGACAUGGUGAGUUCACAGCUAACACUACACCGCCAUCAUACUGGUCGCGAGUCCAGGGUUGUCACAGCUCUUACACUUUUGAAGUCUCAUCUUUUUAGCUACCAAGGUUAUGUGUCAGCGGCAUUAGUCCUUGGCGGGGUAGAUUUUACAGGCCCACACCUCCACACGAUUUAUCCACAUGGAUCAACGGACACACUUCCCUUUGCAACCAUGGGUUCUGGUUCCCUUGCUGCCAUGGCUGUCUUCGAGUCUAAAUACCGUGAAGGUCUAACUAGAGAUGAAGGGGUUCAACUAGUUGCAGAAGCCAUCAGCUCUGGCAUUUUCAACGACUUGGGGAGUGGUAGCAAUGUUGAUAUCUGUGUUUUGACAAAGGGCCACAAGGAGUACCUGAGAAACCAUCUUCAGCCUAAUCCUCGGACCUAUAUCAGUGAGAAGGGUUACUCCUUCUCGAAGAAGACUGAAGUUCUGCUGACAAAGAUCACGCCAUUAAGAGACUCCAUACACAUUAUUGAAGGAGGAGAUGAAAUGGAGGAGUAGGCCUUUUCGGAUUUGUCUGAUAGCUGAAUUUUAAGCUUGAAUUGGAAUUUCUUUAAAAGGAUUUGCUGCAUUUUCUUAAUAGAAAAGUCGACUGCUUUUCAUAUUGCGUAUUAACAUGAAAUUUUUUGGGACUAAA